AUGGCCUCUACACGAACUCUUCCCGCCAAGCGCAACCCGCUCAUGAUGGAGGACAUUCCCGAAUACUCUGAUCUCGUCUCACGCCGUCGUCUCGGGCAAACCAAGCUGACUCCCAAGAUAGCUGGCAACGAAGAUGCCGACGCUACCACCCUCGGUUUCUUCGACUAUGCCCACCUUCGUGCCCCCAUGCAAAAGGGAAUCGUGUCAGGCAUCUUCAAGUCGAGUCCCAACAGCUACUUCCUCAUGCGCCGCAGCUUUGACGGUUAUGUUUCCGCCACGGGCAUGUUUAAGGCUACCUUCCCUUACGCCGAGGCCACUGACGAGGAGGCCGAGCGCAAGUACAUCAAGUCCCUCCCGACCACUAGCCCCGAGGAGACUGCUGGUAACAUCUGGAUCCCUCCCGAGCAGGCUCUGGCUCUCGCCGAGGAGUACCAGAUCUCUGCGUGGAUUCGCGCCCUGCUCGACCCUGCCAGAAUCACCAUCUCGCAGAGCAACGACUCAAUUACUUCUUCUCCCACCCGCAAGAUCUCGGCUCCUCCCAAAUUUGAUCUGGCCAAGGCCACCCAGCCUCUGCUGACCCCCGCCACUUCUGCCGCCGGCAGUGCCUCGAGACGCUCGCGACGCUCCGCCAGCCCCGCCAAAGCCAGCCUCAGGAAGACACCCGCCUCUCCCCGCAAGCGAAGCUCCAAAGCCUCAAGGCUCGCUGCCGAGAAGGAGGCUGCAGCUUCCGUCAACGGCGACUCUGAGUCUUCCGUUCCCCAGGCCGCCGAUUUCGAACCCACCGUGGUUUUGCAGCCCGUCGCGUCCGAAGACGAGACGGCUAAGCUCCACGUUAUUGAGGAGCCCGUCAAGGGCGCCAAGCACAGCGACAAGAAGCAAACGGUCACCGAGGUCGAGGUUCCACUGCCUACAGCCGGUCAGCCCCCAAGCGCGGAAGAAAUUGCCGCCAUGAUGGCCGAGGCCAAAGCGCAGGUCGAGUCCGCCAAGGAAGCCGACAAGGCUGCCGCUGCAAAGUCGGGCGCCAAGACGGAGUCGAAGAAGGGCAAGCGCAAGGCUACGGACAUGGAGACCGAAGAGGGCGCCGAUAAGAAAGCUGAUGCCGAGUCGAAAGAAUCGCAACCGCGCUCGAAAAAGGCCAAGACUGAUGCCGAGGUGCGCAAGGACAGAGUUAGAAACAGAGCCUUUAUUGGAAUUGGAGCUACUGUUGCUGUUGGCGCCCUGGUCCCUUGGCUAGUCAACUUUUUGUAA